AUGCAAUCCAACCCAUAUCAUAUUUUCUGGGAUCUAGAAAUGUUAACCGAAAUAUUAACUCCAGAAGAGAAAACGAAGUUAACCUAUACUGAAAGAUUACAGAUGCAUAAGCCAGAACCUGAUACACUAGAAAAAUUUGUCACAAAAAUUGAGGAGGAACUUCUAGCUAUUCAAGAAGAUUUAUUUGCAUCAGCUGAAAUGAUAAUGGCCCCAGGAGACCUAAAGUCAUAUAAUGAAGCAACCGAAUACUAG